UUCAAGCAGCGAUGGAGACUCUUUUUCAGGAGAGAUCACAGGCUUUCUUCGUGGCUGGGGAAGAUCUUUUGCUCUCGCUCCUGUGUAUGUUUAAUGACUGGUACACCAGCUCUGGACAGGCAGAGCAUCAUGAACGACAGGUUAACUCCUCUUAUGCUGCAAUGGAGCUGUUUGUUCAGGAGUGGGAGGUAUUUUUACCUCCUCGCCAUAUGAGGACACUGCAGAUCUGCCCCAUCCUGGGAUUUAUAGCCGUGUUUCUGACCACACCUAUUAUCCUUUUCCGUAUCCUAACCCGAGCUCACUUGCGGCAGCAGACACGCUACCUUCUCCUGGCCAACGCAUUGCUUAGUGACCUUCUCUUCGUGGCUGUACUUCUGCUAAGUACAGCUAUGAAAGCAGCCGCUGUGUUGAUGUCAAACAGGACUUGUGCUACCAUACUCUUCCUGAUGGGACUGCUGUACAGUGUUGGUGUCUUCAGUGCCACCGCCAUAGUGCUGGACACUUGCUUGGCUAUAUUAGUACCAUUACGCUAUACUACACUGUGGCCCAUCUCCAGAACCUACGGAGCUAUCGCUGCUACCUGGGCUGUGUCUGUUGUUUUUCCUUCUGUAUCUGUGGGUGCCUUCCUGUGGUACCAUGCCACAGGUCCUUGCACCCAGCUCAUCUGCUCUCUGCCUCUGGUGCUAGCACUAACCGUUAGCCACUCGAGACCCCUGCAAGUCUGCAUGUUGCUAACAGUUACGACCAUCCUGGUCAUGUUACUGCUGGUGAUUUCUGGAUAUGUGGUACUGUACUGUCAGAGCAGAAAGUCUGGGGUGUGGCGAGGACAGCAGGCAUCACGCGCUAAAGGAACCUUCCUCAUUCACUACCUCCACUUGUUCCUGUCAGUGUGUCCCAUGCUGCUGCUGUUCAUUGAGCUGCUGCUGUACAGCAACAGCACUCAGCUAAACCCUAGUGCUGAUCUUUGGGUUUCUCUAGUGGUGUGCAACAUACUGGUGGUCCUACCCAAAGGCCUGGCGCCUUACUUUUAUGGGCUCAGGUACAGAGACCUCCGAGGAUCUCUGCUGGAUUUCUUUGGAUUGAAUAAACCAAGGGCUAUCACACCUAUAACGUAACUGCGGAGAUAGAUUGUUUACUAGCUGGAGGCUGUGCAGAUCAGGGAUGCACAUCUGUGUUCCUGGAAAGUGAUCUAUUGAAGAUUUUAGUUCUUGCUCAGAUCCAACACACUUGGUCCUAAUGACCAGAUCGUCCUAUAGAGUAUUAGGUUAGGUUUAGGAAAUCAAAGCACCUGUUUACUUCAGGUGUAAUAGGAGCUAGGGCAAAGCAAGAAUGGAGUGUCUGGAGGACCACAAGGAUCAGUUUAGGGUUCUGGUUUAGGGCCAAGUAAUACAACAGCAUUUUUCAACGUCAUCUAUAUCAGCUUCAUCUGUUUCAUUUUGUUGAUUACAAAUGAUCAUAUCCAUGUGUUUCUUGGGUUGUGGCAUUC